AGUCUCCUAUAUAAGCUAAUGAACCAACGCAUACUGCGUGCACUAUUGUCUCAUAUUCAUUAGACAUAGCAUACAGUAUCCGCGUACGCCAAGAUGUUGUCUCGCGUACUAACCGCUUGCGUUCUGGUGUCGGCUUGCCAAGCUAUUUUCCCGUUCCACCAUCACCACCACCACCACCCGGCGAUCUCCCACCAGGAGCUGCAGAAACACGACGGGCCCCACCACCCCGUCCACAUCCCCAUACACCACCAUAUUCCCAUCCAGCAUCACGUGCCGCUGCUGCACCACCAUGUGCCCCAUGUCCCCCAUGUGCCCAUCCACCACGUCCCGCAUCAUGACCAUUAUGCGUUCCCCGAGUACAAGUUCGAAUAUGCAGUGCACGACCACCACACGGGCGACGUCAAGUCGCAGCACGAGCACCGCCACGGUGACCUGGUGAAGGGAGGCUACGAGCUGGUAGAGCCCGACGGUCGCCUCAGGAAGGUUGAAUACAAGGCUGAUGACCACACGGGCUUCAACGCCAUCGUCCAUCACUCAUCGCCUCAUCAUCAUGUUCAUUUCGGCCAUCACCAUAUCUAAACGACGGAGCCAAACCAGGACGCCCCUAAGGACCGACCAAUGCACUUAUAAGACUGACUCAUGUCUAUACACGGUAAUGAUAGCUUUAAGAGAAAUAAAAUUUGUUACAUUUAGCGCUAAAAUAGUGUUUUAAUUCAAUCUCCUACUAAUCUUAUCGCUUGAUGAAAUUUUAGGUAUUGUAAGUUCCAAGAAACUUCGAGCCUGUUGAUGGAGACAGGAGCUGGACAUAGGAAAUCUGUGAUAAAGCAAAGCAUCCUAGGUAAAUUGUGUUUGGGGCUGUUAGAAUUAACACGAUGAGUAUUUUUGCUGUUCGUUUCCUGUGGAAAAAAAGUACAGCAGCGCUAAAAGCGUG